AAAAAAUGCUUGCAGAAAUUGAUUCUAUUGUACCUACAUUUUCUGAUAAAUUAUCAUGCAAUGAUCUCAGAAAAUUAAAAUAUUGUGAAGCUAUAAUUAAAGAAGCCAGUCGCUUAAUACCAGCGUUGCCUUAUACAUUCCGUCACACUAUUACUGAGUGUGAAGUUGCUGGAUAUAAAUGGCCAGCUGGUACAAAUUUUCAUAUAAAUUUUGCAGGAGGGCAUCUUCAUCCUGAGAGUUGGGAUAAUCCUAAAAUUUUUAAUCCAGAUAGGUGGAGUUUUGAAAAUGAUGGUAAUAUUAAUAGAACUGGUUGGAUGCCGUUUGGUGGAGGUACACGUAUAUGUCCUGGAAAAAAUUUGGCAAAUAUCGAGUUACUUUUAUUAAUGUCUUCAUUAUAUAAAAAUUAUAAUGUUGAAUUAGUGAAUGAGCAUGAGCCAUUGAAAAUUCAUACUCAAGCGAUUUCUUAUUAUACAGAGUUGAAAGUUAGAAUUAGUCCUCGAACUUGA